AUGCCUUCUCAGUGUAACCCUCCUUCGCAUUUGGCUGACGCUGACGUUGUUCCUUCUCGAUUCAGACAUCCCAAAUGCUCUGCCAUCGAGUGUGACAGCAAUCACAUAUGGACCCAAUGCCCUGACUCGGAUUGUCAAAUCGAUAUCGAAAAGAAGAGUGGUUGGGGUGUACUUAGGCACUCGGGAACUCAUCGACAUGUCUGGCCCUCUUCGAAGAAGGCGGAUCCUCUCGCCAUGCGUGUGCUCACAGAACAAUUAGUGAGCAACCCAAAGGCUGGACCUUUGGUCCUCAAGGUAGGGCAACCAGGUGCUGGACAGACGGUCACUGCACCUGUAGUCGAGAUUCAUCCUGCCUUUGGCAAUGGAGGUCGCCUCGGAUAUUUGCGACACAAGGUGCUCAUUGAUAAGGGCCUGAUGCCCGAAAAGGAGAGCCACGGUGGGGGUGACCGCCUGAUCAUGGAUUUGAUGCACUGGGGCAGGAACAGCCUCAGAUUGAUAUCCACAUCGCUCUCGGGUGCCAACGUGCACAUCACAUACCAAUCGGAAUGGAUGGCCGAACAACUCGUUUGCCGGGAUCAAGAUAACCGGGUUUACUCAGGAGGACUACUAUCCGAUGUGACUUACCAAUUCUUCAACCACGGUUAUCUUCUUACCACCUCCAUGUAUAGCGAUAUCAUGCAUUGCUGGGUGCCCAUUCAACUUACGUGGAUGUGGGGGCUCGAUGAAUCACAUUAUGAAUCUCAUUUCACCACGCUUCUGGAGCAAAUCUCGACCACCAACCUCACCUACCACGAGCGUGAUCUGUUGGUACAACAGGUCGUCGACUUCUCCACGGCCCAGAAGAAGGGAUUCGUGAGCGCCUACAUGAAGGUGUUCAACGAAUACGAUCCUGCGAAGGCCUUGAGUAAGUUGAAAGGCUGUCACGAGCACUAUCGACAGUCUAUCACUCGUGUCAAGAAGAAUCGUAACAUUGUGGACGCCAGCAGAGUGAAAUUCGAUCAAAUGGCGCGACUUUUCCCCAAAAGUAAGGCUUGGGUCGACUGGUGGAAUACAUCCGAUAUCCACAGUAUGCUCUUCUGUGGUCGAGAGCGCCUACCACUCGAUGACCCUCCGUUACCAGAUGAAGAUCCCCUUAUGGCUGAGGUUCCUGACACCACCAACGGUCAGGAAUCCAUGCACCGACAGUAUUACAUCCUUACUUCGGGACACUGCACAAUUGUCCAGGGAUUUGUACAAUUGCUCCUGUUCACCGAGUCUUUGAAGAAAGACUUCAAUCAGAUCCUUCGUGGCAUAUCGGUCAAGUAUGGAAGCAACUGGACUUCCGUGGUCAAAACGCUGGGUUGGUCCAAAGAGAGAACCCGACGCAAACCGGAGGCCAAUGAUGGACGACCUCCGGAUACCACUGAUGCGCUCAUACGUCCUAAAAAGGCCGGUCGACCUGCAGGAUCUCUCAACAUGAACCGCGACCCUCACUCCUCUUACCAAUCUUACGCAGCCAGCAACGACCCCGGCAAGCGAAACCGAUGUUGGGAGACGGCUUCACUAGAAAGCUUUUAUCCCACAUUUUCACCUUUGUGGAUGACCGGAUCCAACGGUAAAGGGAAGGACUUGGCAUCCAAACUUAUCAGACACUAUUCUUCCAGGGCCUCAGCCGAACUGCAUCAAUCUACUCACGUCAAGUCGGUCCUUUCUCGUGGACUCAAGUCAUUACAAUCAGCCGUACAGAAGAUUGCAGAUGUUUCAUUUGUUACCAAUACGUUCUGUUCCGCAGAUUUGUUCCUCGAUUACAUACUGGCCACCAAACAUAAUCUCCCGACUUUGGUUGGACGUCACUUCUCCUAUCAAAUGAUUCGCGACUAUCAAUGUCCCCUGGAGCCAGCUCAUCAACCUAACGAGUCGGUCACCCGAACUUCGGUCUCCAUCACUUCGGACCUUUUCCGUGAUGCCAACUUACGAUACCAUGACAUCACUGCUCUGCUAUACCAAUGGCACACCGAAGGCCUUUACUCAACCAGCCCUUGGUGCUGCCCAAACUGUCGAAACAAUCGCAAACAGCAGGCUGCGGUCCGCCGGGAUUAUCCUGAUGAUGACCAUGAAGAGUUGCCUGGGGUGACUGAGAGUGCGAACGAACUGCCACAACUAUUCGAGCGAAACCGGUUGGACUUCACUUCAAACAGUACAAACAUCUACUUUCACCUUGCCAACGCGGCUGGUCUUAAGGAAGAGGAUCGCGAUAACUUCAUGGGGGAUAUGGAGUGGCCGGAAACGCUCACCUUCAACGAUGUCGAUUAUCACAUUGUCUCGCGAGGGUUUUGGGGCUAUUGUCACUAUUGGUGCAAGGUGGUAAGGCACGUGGAUGGAGCUCAAGGAGUAUGGUUUUAUGACGAUUGCAAGGACGAUGGUCGCGCCCAACUCCUUGGAAGGGAGCUCAGCUUAAUCGCCGGCGCUCAACCAAUGACAAGUUGGCUUGUUUACUCUCGCAAGGCCAGCUCGGAUGAACAGAAGGUCAUCAAAUCGAAUAUAGCCAAGAUCAGUCAGAAGAAUCCUGACUCUCAUGGUGAUCUACCUUUCGUUUCCGCCGUGGACUUAGAUGGAGUCAAAGAGGAAAUUGAGCAACUUUGUAAAGAAGAAGAAAAUCAAGAAGAAGAAGAAGACGAAAACGAAAACAAAGAAGACGAAAUUGAAGAAGAUGUUGUGACUGCUGUACCAGCCAAUGUUGGUGUACCCACCACAACGAUCGGGGACUUGGCAAAGCAUGCCUUUGCAUCCACAUAUAAGAGUAAAAAGGCAAAGGAAGCCUUUUCCUCCACUUGUCCCCCAGCCAUCAUUCACCAUAAGAGUAAUGGUGCGGAAGCCAAUGAACAUCCCAAUGGUCGAGCUUUAUCCCAACCAACUGCUUCCAGUGGAGACGGGGCCUCAAAAGGCGGGAUCAAGUUCACUGAGCCAACUCAGGGUGCCAUCCGCCUGCGUAUCAAGCGACCAGCACCAGAAUCGAGCCCAGUCAAAUCACCAUCUCCUUCACCUCAGAAAGAUGCGAUCAAGGCAAGUAAGCGAGCUUCAAGGGUCAAGAAAGGUGUUUCCAAAGGGGAGGUACUUCAAGACAUUAAACCGAAUUUGCCGUUUGUCGAGAUGGGAAAAGGUGCUGAGGGGGAGGAGGUUGAAGCUAAGGUUAAAGCUAAGCCUAAGCCCAAGGCUAAGGGGAGGAAGCCAAAAGUGGCAAGAGUCUAG